AUGGUCUUAGAGCGAGAGCAACGGGAGCAACUGCAAAACCGUCGCACGCAACAGCGAGAACGGCUGUUAAAGGAGAUAUGUACACGUGCGCACGAUUUCAGGGCGUUCCAUAGUGAGGCACGACGGAAGCAAGAGCGAAUGGCCGCAAGAGUUGUGGAGCAUAUGGCCAAGCUGGAGGCAGCCAGGCUUAAGAAAGAGGAGAUGCAGGAGUCACAGCGUAUGCUGGCGCUGAUGGAGGACAAUGAGGACGAGUACAGAAAACUGGUUAUGGAAAAGAAGGAU